CGUCUUUUGCGUUUUAAAUAAAAUGUCUCACAAACAAAUUAAAUAUUGGUUAUGUACGUUUCUUCUGCACUUUUAACUUUAACUAUGAACAUCAGGAGGAACUGAGAGGAGGCUGACGGUUCCUGCCGGACGCAGAUUCGGUGGCACCGCAGCGUCCGACAGCAAAACACAACCGACCACAGAGUUUGUGAAUGAGCAACGAGACUCCAGUCUGUUAACGGGCUAACGUGCUAACAAGCUAACAGAGCCAUUAGAAAAGAAGGCAGUGAGCUAACGUGCUAACAAGCUAACAGAGCCAUUAGAAAAGAAGGCAGUGAGCUAACGUGCUAACAAGCUAACAGAGCCAUUAGAAAAGAAGGCAGUGAGCUAACGUGCUAACAAGCUAACAGAGCCAUUAGAAAAGAAGGCAGUGAGCUAACGUGCUAACAAGCUAACAGAGCCAUUAGAAAAGAAGGCAGUGAGCUAGCGUGCUAACAAGCUAACAGAGCCAUUAGAAAAGAAGGCAGUGAGCUAACGUGCUAACAAGCUAACAGAGCCAUUAGAAAAGAAGGCAGUGAGCUAGCGUGCUAACAGUUAGCAGCGCCUCUCUUUAGCUUCCAGCAGCAGGAACAUCAACACAGUCCGGAUCCACCAGAGGACUAAAACAUCUCCGACCCGGUCUGAGCGGGUCCCGGCAGCAUGCAGGCGGAAUUUCGGGCUCCCCAGAGACGCACCCGGGUUCGGGAGGAGUACGAGGCUCCGCUGCCGGUGAGCCGCAGCCCGGAGGAGAGGAGCGACUUCAGGGCGGAGCUCAUCAACCAACACGUACUGGUCUGUCAUCCAGACCACAUUCAGAAGAUCCACAACCAGGGUUACUUUGGUAAAGGCGUCCUGUCCAGAGCCAGACCAGAUUACAGCAUCUCUGACCAAUGGGAGGAACACGAAGGUGUGUUGCUACCUGUCGUCUCACAGUCCAGGUAUGAUGAGCUCCUCAGGUGGGCGGGGUCAAUGCUCUCUGCUCAGGGAUUGGAUGACGAGGCCGUUAAUCAAACCCUGCUCAGACUGUCUCAGCCAGUAGAGAUGGAGGAUGUACGGAGGGAAGGGGCAGGAGGGGAGAACGGAAAGAGGGGGGAGGGGCCAGGACCAGAGGGCGGAGUCUGUCCCCCCCCACAGGUGAACAGGAGCUGCAGGCUGGGCCCAGAAGACCUGAACCCUGACCACGACCCUGAUCUCAGCUCAGACCAGGACUCUGACUCCAACCCUGACCAGGACUCUGACCCCAGCUCUGACCCCAACUGUGACCCCAGCUCUGAUUCUGAACCAGGUCCUUUGGUUCCAGGUCCUGGUUUUGUCCUGGUGGUCUCUGACAGUGAGGUGUGUGUGCGGGUCAGGGAGGUCCGGCGGUCUCCGGUCUCUGUCCUAGAGUACCUGCAGCUCAGUCUGGAGGAGGCCUUCUUCCUGGUCUACAGUCUGGGCUGCCUGUCUGUCUACCUGCACCAGGAGCCGCUGUCAAUCAUCCAGCUGUGGAGGAAGUUCCGGUCCCUGCGGCCAGACUUCGUCAGCUCGUUCGCAGCCUAUCAGCACUGUCGAAGCAGGGGGUGGGUCCCUAAAGGAGGGGGCGGGGCAAAGUAUGGCGUCGACUUCAUGCUGUACAGGAAGGGCCCACCUUUCUACCACGCCAGUUAUUCGGUGGUGAUUGAGCGUGUUGAUGAAGUGUUCAGGGGCUCGCCGUUGCGUCCGUUUUCGUGGCGUUCUCUGGCGGCGCUCAGCAGGAUCACCUCCAACGUGUCGAAGGAGCUGAUGCUGUGUUACAUCAUCUAUCCAGCCGACCUAUCGGACGCAGAGCUGGACUCACCUGUCUGUCUGAGCAGACUGAAGGUUCAGGAAGUGAUCGUCAGCAGGUGGGUUUCCUCCAGAGAACGAGCCGAGCAGGACGACAUCUGAUCGGCCGAUGGCACACCUCAGCGACUGAUGACAUCAGCCAAAACAUUUCCCACUCGAGACUCAGAAACCAGGAAACAUGACGAGUGUGUUUGAACGCAGCAGAUUUCGCACCAGCAGCUUCAGUUCCUGCACUUCAGCAGCAUCGGUCGGUCGCCUCCCUGAUACUCGUCAGCUGGUCAGGAUGUUAGAGCCGUUUGUUUCUAAUGUUUGAAACGUGAUGGCGUUCCAGAGUCAAACUGCAGACGCAACGCGUUCACCUGUCUUCAUACGUUCACCGAGGCUCAUCAGCUAGCUGGUUAGUUAGUGAUAACAGAAACAACAUCUUGAUCUUUAAAGAGCGCGUGUCGUUUCAUAGUUUACAGAUAAACUGGUUCAGUUUGAGUCUGUUUACAUGUUUACAGUCGGUCCGUUAAAGCAGCUGCAUCAGCUGUUAGCUGUUAGCAUGGAUGUACAUGCGCCUGGAGAAUGACCUCUAGGAAAGAGUGUGAACCCUGAGGCAGCGCUCGCUGGAUUUAGAAAGGCAGUACAGAUCAGGGGUCUCAGCAUGUGUAAAAAUAAAAUAUUUUGCUUAUAUGAUCAGAUUAUUGAUUCCAAAUAAAGUUAUUUUGUUCUCCGUC